CGUCAUGCAACGGCUCAUAUCCGUCCGGAUCCCCACCGAAGACCGCUCACCAAAGUGCAACGGUUUCCUCCACUACCAUAGAAACAAAAUAUGAAGUGUCGAAGGCUCUCCAAUCAGCUACUCGGUGUUGCAUAUCUUCUCCGAACUCUGAUAACCGACACCGUCAGAUAUUGUUGGAAUCAACGAUCGAGAUCUCAAGUCAUCUUUCUCGGGAAAACAUUUUCAAACUCUGGAAGAUUUGCGUCCCUCGCAGAGCUAAAAAGGUGGUUGGAGAGAGAGAAGAGAGGGGGAAAUGAAGGGAAAGAGAACGCCGAUCCACACAGUGGCAACAUGGGUGAGGAAACAACCGCCAAAGGUGAAGGCCUUUCUGGCGGUGGCUUCAGGGAUUGUGGCAGUGAUAUUCCUCCGAAUGGUUGUACGGGAUCACGACAGUCUCUUUGUUGCUGCCGAGGCUGUUCACGCCCUCGGUAUCUCUAUUCUCAUUUACAAGCUCACGAAGGAGGGGACUUGUGCCGGACUUUCGCUAAAAUCACAAGAACUAACUGCUAUAUUUUUAGCUGUUAGACUGUACUGCAGUUUGGUUAUGGAAUAUGAUAUACACACCAUACUUGAUUCAGCCACAUUGGGAACAACCCUGUGGGUUAUUUAUAUGAUUCGUUUUAAACUGAUGUCCAGCUAUAUGGAUGACAAGGACAACUUUAAAAUUUAUUAUGUGGUCAUACCUUGUGCUCUACUGUCUCUUAUUAUUCAUCCAUCCACUCCACAUCAUAUUAUAAACAGGGUUUGUUGGGCUUUCUGUGUUUAUUUGGAAGCUAUCUCUGUACUACCCCAACUACGUGUGAUGCAGAACACAAAGAUUGUUGAGCCCUUUACGGCUCAUUAUGUAUUUGCACUGGGAGUUGCAAGGUUCUUGAGUUGUGCGCAUUGGGUCCUCCAGGUAAUGGAUUCGCAGGGACGCAUACUAACAGCAUUGGGGUAUGGACUAUGGCCUUCAAUGGUCCUCCUUUCAGAAAUUGUCCAGACUUUUAUUUUGGCGGACUUCUGCUAUUACUAUGUGAAGAGCCUUGUAGGUGGACAACUUGUGCUACGCCUCCCCUCUGGAGUGGUGUGAGUUAAAAGAUUUUGCUUCCCAGGUAGGAUAAGAAAUGCAGAUGUGCAAGUUUUGCCGCUCUAAUGUACUCUCAAUUUGCCGUAAAUAUAUAAUUUAGCAGUGAUUCGACUUAAGCCAAGUUAACUUAUUGGUGUCAGCAUUGGUAUUUAGCUAGUGGGUUAAUGUUCUCUUCAAAUGAUGCAUGCUCCCAAAAGCUAUCCUUACAAUUAUUUAGUAACCAAAGCUGUUGUUAGUUGUUACACUAUAGAGCUCUUAAAAAAUUAGAAGACUUUGAUGAAUGGGAAAAGAAUCGACAUGGUGAUUAGAAUUUAGAACAGCAUGGAGUGCCCUGUUAUGUGAAGAUGAUGUUUAAAAAAAGAAGUGCAGGUCUUUUGUUCUGCACUAAGCAAUGGGUGUCAUUGUAGCAGAAUAAUGGAGUGGGCUCCUAGCUUUGUAGCUC